AUGUGCAAACCUCCAUCGAUACUGGUCUACACGGGGGGACAAAAUGAGUUGUACGCUAGGAUAAGGGACUCUCUGUCACGACUCAUACCGGCCGAUCGCUACACCGUUUUCCAUCUGUCACCCGAAGCAAUGAAAAAGCAGCCAUGGAUGGAGCCCACAACAGCAUGCCUAGUCGUUGCGGAUACUUCAGAUUUAGAUGACCAGUCGUGGUCGAAUAUGCAGUUGUAUUUUAACCAAGCUAAUAUGAUCCGGAUGGCGUUUGGAUCUCGUGAUUCCAUAUCGAUGGGGAAGGAUUUUGAGCAUUUUCUUAAGAAAUCUCUAAAGACACUAUCUAAACAUGGCGAGAUUAACACAAAGUUCCAUUCUAAGGAUUUUGCUGGUGCGAUGAGCUACUCGGUUGUAUUGAGCAAGGUCAAAGACAUGCCUCUUUUUCUCUACAUGGAAAACAGUGCUCAUCAGGCGUCGGCUAUUUUUUCCGAUGCAACGUCUGAGCAGCUUUUAUCCCCAGGUAUUAAAAUAUUACCCGAAGCGCUAUCACGGGUUGGUGUUGAGGUUGUUGAAUGCACUCCUCUAGCACUUACACAGGCGGUGAUGACGGCGAGUGAAGACCCAAUCAUUGAAAACAUGAUGAAAACUGUUAAGGGUGUGCGCUACGGGGAGGAAAUCGGCCAAACACCAAAGCUUUUCUUUAGAAAGACGGAAAGGGCUGUUGAACAAGGAAUGCCGGAAGUGAGCGAGAAGUUGCUGCCUGUGGAAGUGUUGUCUAGAAAUUCGGAUCAUCCGGAUAUUGGAUUCGACUUCUCAUUGUACUUCACACGUCUUCAAACGAGGCAACUGGGACAUGUUAUUGUUUAUGUUCCUGUUGCCACUACGACUAUGGAUAUUAAUGAAAGUCUAUGUGAUGCGAUUCCCACUUGUCAAGGUGCUGUUGUAGUUGCUCGUCGUCAGGUUAGUGGAAAAGCUCGGACACCAUCAUUCAUACAACAUAUAUUCGCCGUCGCCGUUGUUGAUGCCGUACAUCGGCUGAGCGGCCUUGAUGACUUUCCUUUGCGAAUUAAAUGGCCGAACGAUUUCUAUUUUAAUCGCUCACACAAAGUAGGCGGUCUUUUGGCCACUGCGAAAGUUCGCGAUGAUGGACUAUUAAUAUCAAUUGGUGCUGGAAUCAAUGUCGCCAACUCACGGCCAACAGUUUGCUUGAACGAUAUGGUUCCAGAUGGUAGUUCUACCAAAUUCUCAGUAGAGGAAGUGAUUGCUGAAACGCUGAACUGUUUCGAAUAUUGGCUGAAUAUGUGUGAAAUCAAAGGUCAAGCUGAAGUGCUCAAAACGUAUUAUAGAUUUUGGCUUCAUAGGAUGAAAUUCUGCAUAGAGGAUGCAGUGGUCUGUUUGCUUGUGUGA